AUGAGAGUUUCACCUUCAAACCAAUAUCAGUUGGUAAAACACGAAACUAGUUAUCAAAUUCAACUGGCUUCCCCAAAAGAACAAGUCUCAUGUGGAUGUACUUCCUUCCCUUACUUCAACUGUGCAUCCACACUUGAAAAUGCAACAUCACCUCCUGAUGCAGCCCUGCUACAUGAUUCUGAAACUUCCUCAGAAUCUUCCUCAACCGAUAGCGGCAAGGAAUCUAUUACAGAUGAUGUAGUCCAUGAGGCUGAAAAAGAGAUAUGCAACAAGAGCAAUAUGAAGAAACCACUUGCAGAUUGUUUUAUUCCUGCGAUACUAGACAACACUGUCGAUUUGUCGAUAGAAUCACCAAGCAGCACCGCAGGAUUUGGCAAAACAAGGAAAGUGCAGUGGACCGAUGCAUGUGGGAAGGAACUUUUCGAAAUUAAGGAGUUCCAACUCAGCGAAGGUGAUUUAUCAGAUGAUGACUUCGGGCAUGGCAGUGAUAAAUGCAACUGUGUCAUACUGUAA